CCUCCCCCCCCCUCCUAAUAACUUCUGUUCUGUAUCCUUUCUUCCUCCCGGACAUCUGUCUACCCCUCCUCUUAUCAAUCAAACAAUCACCCACCCACCCACUCACUCACUCACUCACUCACUCACAUACAUAGCCCAUCAUGUCCGCCAAGUCGAUUCUCGAGGCCGACGGCAAGGCCAUCCUCAACUACCACCUCACUCGUGCUCCCGUGAUCAAGCCGACUCCUCUGCCUCCCUCCACCACCCACAACCCUCCCUCGCGCCUCGCCUCGAUCUACUUCCCCGAAGAUAAGGCCGUCAAGGAUGUCCUUGACCAGGCCGAGGUCACCUACCCUUGGCUGCUGGUGUCCGGUUCCAAGUUCGUUGCCAAGCCCGACCAAUUGAUCAAGCGUCGCGGCAAGAGCGGCCUGCUGGCCCUGAACAAGACGUGGGCGGAGGCUCGGGAGUGGAUUGAGGCCCGCGCCGGCAAGGACGUCCUGGUUGAGACGGUGACCGGUGUUCUGCGUCAGUUCCUGGUCGAGCCGUUUGUCCCUCACCCCCAGGAGACCGAGUACUACAUCAACAUCAAUUCCGUGCGUGAGGGUGACUGGAUCCUCUUCACUCACGAGGGUGGUGUCGACGUCGGCGACGUUGAUGCCAAGGCUGAGAAGAUGCUCAUCCCCGUUAACCUGAAGAACUACCCCUCCAACGAGGAGAUUGCCGCCACUCUGCUUAAGAAGGUGCCCCAGGGCGUCCACAACGUCCUGGUUGACUUCAUCUCCCGCCUGUAUGCCGUCUAUGUGGACUGCCAGUUCACCUACCUGGAGAUCAACCCCCUGGUGGUCAUCCCCAACGCCGAGCGUACCUCCGCCCAGGUACACUUCCUUGAUCUGGCUGCCAAGCUCGACCAGACCGCCGAGUUUGAGUGUGGCACCAAGUGGGCUGUUGCCCGCAGCCCCGCGGCUCUGGGUAUCACCGCCGUCUCCCAGGCUGACGGCAAGGUCAACAUCGAUGCUGGCCCGCCGAUGGAGUUCCCUGCCCCCUUCGGCCGUGAGCUGAGCAAGGAGGAGAAGUUCAUCUCCGACAUGGACGCCAAGACCGGCGCCUCCCUCAAGCUCACCGUCCUCAACGCCAGCGGCCGCGUCUGGACCCUGGUCGCCGGUGGUGGUGCCUCGGUCGUCUACGCCGACGCCAUCGCCUCGGCCGGUUUCGUGAGCGAGCUCGCCAACUACGGUGAGUACUCCGGUGCCCCCACCGAGACUCAGACCUUCAACUACGCCCGCACCGUCCUCGACCUGAUGCUGCGCGCCCCCAAACACCCCGAGGGCAAGGUCCUCUUCAUCGGCGGUGGUAUCGCCAACUUCACCAACGUCGCCACCACCUUCAAGGGUGUCAUCCGCGCCCUGCGCGAGGUUGCCCCCGUGCUCAACGAGCACAAGGUGCAGAUCUGGGUCCGCCGUGCCGGCCCCAACUACCAGGAGGGUCUCAAGAACAUCAAGGCCGUCGGUGAGGAGCUGGGUCUCGACAUGCACGUCUACGGUCCCGAGAUGCACGUCAGUGGUAUCGUGCCUCUGGCCCUUCAAGGCAAGAAGAGCGACGUCAAGGAAUUCGGCGCCUAAGAAAAAAAAAUCGGGAUUGCUCCUAUUAAUUUAAUACCUAUCUUUUUCUCUUUUUUUUUUCUUUUUAAACCCUCUUCCCAUAUUUACUCUCUUAUCUUCUGAAUUUCUUCUUUUUUUUUCUCUCUACAAUUCUUUGGGAUUUAUAUUCUCAACGCAUGGCAUGAUAUGACUUGAUUUCUGUGGGACGAAGAUGGAGAGAGCGAAGCAAGCGGGAGAAGGAACCUUGGGAUAUACAAAAACAGGAGGAAGAAGGACAUCCCGCGGCAUAGAACAAUUCGUGUCUGGCGUUUUCACUUUGUUGACCCGUUCUUCCCCCCCCCCCC